AUGAGCCAGGCGUAUGAAGACCAAUUUUAUGCCGCCUCGCGACGUCGGUCGGUGGCCACACCACCUCCAAGCUUAACCCCAAGACACAACCGCGCUCGAUCCCAAAGUGUGCGAGUCAGCAACGGAACCGCCAGCACGCAUACCAGCUUCUCCAGUGCACAAAUGUCCGAAGCCACCAAUAUCACACAACCACCUUCCUACUCCAAGAAAUUUGUCGUGGUAGGGGACGGAGGAUGUGGCAAGACCUGCUUGUUGAUUAGUUAUUCGCAAGGCUACUUUCCAGAGAAAUACGUUCCAACAGUAUUCGAAAACUACAUCACACAAACCACUCACCGUGCUUCGGGCAAGACAGUUGAGCUCGCUCUGUGGGAUACGGCCGGCCAGGAGGAAUAUGACCGUCUGCGGCCACUGUCCUACCCUGAGACCGAUCUACUGUUUGUCUGUUUUGCCAUCGAUUGCCCCGCGUCCCUUGAGAACGUUGUCGACAAGUGGUAUCCCGAGGUCCUGCAUUUUUGCCCUACGACUCCCAUCAUUUUGGUUGGCUUAAAAUCAGAUCUUCGCAAUAAACGCACUUGCAUUGAGCUCUUGAAGACCCAGGGGUUGACUCCCAUCACACCCGAGCAAGGACGGGGAGUCGCGCAGCGCAUGGGCGCCACGUAUGCGGAGUGCAGCAGUAAGGAGAUGCGAGGUGUUGACGAGGUCUUUGCAAAGGCAGUUGACACCGUGGUGGCCAUCGAGGAAGAUGACUACGUGACUCAGCCCACGAGUAACCGCAACAGCAGCAAGCCAUCCGGGGGUGGAGUGCGGCCAGGGAAGAAAGUCAAGAAGCGCAGCUGCAGCAUUCUUUAA